AUGGCAAAACGCUUGGGCCUGGGCCCUGAAAUUAGAGAGCUUAAAUUUGGAUCCUCUUUCAAUAAUAAUUCUGGCAGUAAUGGUGACAAAACAUCCUUCCACACUAUCAAAUAUGACUUCAAGCCAGCAAGUGUCGAUGUCUCAAAAAUGGCAACAGUAGAAGUGGGUCCAAACAAUAUGAUGACAGUAACAGUUCCUCACCUGGACGGUGCGGGACUCCCUCACACAGUGUUCAAGGGCUCGCAGCGGCCCUACAGCAAGGAGUGUGUCCUGAUAUUCGAUCGAAAAACCGGCGAAAUAACCCUAGAAAAAUUGUCCUCGAAUAUCCAGGUGAAGAAGACCAGGGUAGACCACAGAGCCCAGUCUCUGUCGGCUGGCCCGACACUAACCUCGACGGCUUCCAAUUCGCUGAAUCGUCCCAAUACUCCAAUAGAGUCCAAAUCAAAGCCUAGCAAUCAAAGUACCUCGACGAAUAAUCCGGCAAUGAAUGCCGGUCACGGAAGGUCAAGUAGCAGGACCAAAGUUACCAGUGGCACCAAGAGAGAACCUCAUGUUCAGUAUCAUCCCAAGCCUGCAGCUAGUCCUUUGCGUAAAUCUCCCUACCACGGAAAGAGUCCUUCUAACGGACCGUCAUUUUCUAAUAAUAUAAGUUCUCCCGCAAGAGCCAUUAGUUCAAAUCACGGUGCAUUGCCAUCGCUGACCGGCCUUCCAGUUAUUGGUGGCUUAGACGACAGUGAUAAUCCUUCGGAUCCUGAAGACUUCCAAGUACCAGCACAACCUCCAAAGCCUGUAUCCGUUCCUACUACUGUAGUUACUCCGAAUCCAAUGGAGCUACCGAUCAACUUGGAUGAUCAAAUCGGCGUGCUCAGUGAUAGCAGCUCAAGCAGUGGAUCCAGUUCUGAUAGCUCUGAUAGUGAUUCAGAUAUGGAACCUGGGACUGCGACAUGA